GAAUUUCGAAAAUUAAAUUUUGAAAAAUGGGAAAGAAAGAUAAAUCUGGUGGUCAUGGUAAUAGCAUAGGCAGAAGCCUUAUAAAGGACCGAUUCGGUAGCACCAAAGGCAAAAAAAUGGUUGCUAAUAACUCGAUGCUGCACACUACAGAAAUACAGGACGGAUACGAUUGGGGCCGUCUGAACUUACAAUCAGUAACUGAAGAAUCGUCUUUUCAAGAAUUCCUCUCUACUGCUGAGCUAGCUGGCACAGAUUUUCAAGCAGAGAAACUGAAUAUCAAAUUUGUCAAUCCAAGAUCUAAUGUAGGAUUGUUAACUGCUGAUGAACUGAAAAGCGCCAAAGAUGCCCAUAACAAAUAUAGAACAGCCCUGAAAAUCCCCAGAAGGCCAGACUGGGAUGCAAGCACAACUGCAGAGCAACUGGACCAAAAUGAAAGAGAACACUUCCUAGAAUGGCGUCGGUCUCUGGCACAGCUUCAAGAAGAUCAAGGCAUCCUAUUGACACCCUAUGAAAAAAACUUGGAAUUCUGGAGACAACUGUGGCGUGUUGUAGAACGUAGUGAUGUAGUUACCCAAAUUGUUGAUGCAAGAAAUCCACUUUUAUUCAGAUGUGAGGACUUGGAAAAGUAUGUCAAGGAAAUAUCUCCUGACAAAAUGAACAUGGUGUUAAUAAACAAAGCAGAUUUCAUGACUGAAGCACAGAGGCAAGCGUGGGCAGAUUACUUCACUUCCAUCAGUGUCAGGGUAGUAUUUUUUUCAGCUCAUCUAGCUGCAAUGGAACCUGUAGUAGAAGAAAAUGAGGAAGCUGAAGAAGAAGCAGUUGCUAGCCAAGAAGAGGCUGAUGAAACAGUUGAUUUAGACAGUGUUAAAGAAAAUGUUACCCAAUUGGAAACUGCAGUUGAGAAAAAUGCUAAAACUUUGAGUACUAUCAUGGAUAAGAUUGAAGAAAUCAUUGGUAAAACUAGUUUGGCAGGAAAGUGUGUAGGGCCAGGAGAAAAUUCAUGUCAUCUUUAUGAUAAAGAAGAGCUUAUUGAAUUGUUGAGGACUAUUCAUGAAGGACCCAAGGUGACAAAAGGUCUGACAACCAUUGGCCUGGUAGGUUAUCCGAACGUCGGCAAAAGUUCCACCAUAAACGCCCUUUUGUCGGCCAAAAAAGUGUCUGUUUCUGCAACCCCUGGCAAGACCAAGCACUUCCAAACCCUCUACUUGGAUAAAGACAUCCUCCUUUGUGACUGUCCCGGUCUAGUGAUGCCCAGCUUUGUCUUCUCCAAAUCUGAGAUGAUUUUGAAUGGAAUCCUUCCCAUAGAUCAAAUGAGGGAUCAUGUGCCUCCGACCAAUUUGUUGACUAGUUUGAUUCCCAGGUAUGUGAUUGAGGAAAAAUAUGGGAUAAUGUUGCCGAAACCAAUGGAAGGUGAAGAUCCUGAUAGGGAUCCUACAGCUGAAGAAUUGCUCAAUGCAUAUGCUUAUAUGCCUAUCCGAAGACAUACAGAUCCGAUCCACGUGAAGAGAAUAUGGAACGCCAUAAGGGCCUCCACCCAUGCUAGGGUGGCUGCAGAUGUGCCAAGGAUCACUAAGCACUUGCAGAAUGUGGGCGACUAUACGGCCGACCAAGUGGAGCUGCAUAUAAAACAAGCUCUCAAUGAUAAACUGAUCAUUCCAAACAGAAAAUCAGAAUCCGGAAAUCAGACUUACAGAGUAGUCGCUCAAGACUUGCCCGUACUGGACGGCAAAGACUGGUACUGCUUCGAAUGCCACCUGGCGGGUGACGUUACCCCGUGCUCGCAGUGCCACAGGGUGUUCCACCAGGGCUGCCUGCGGGGCGCUAGAAACAAGUUCGACGUUCAAAAACAGACCAACAACUACAGCGAGCUCAAAGACAACACUCCACAGGUGGCCACUCCACAGGUGGAAUCUGUCACUGUCAUUGACGAUGACGAAGACGUCUCUAAUAGAAACGGAGAUCGUUCGGAAAAAGAGGCGGAUAAAUCGAAGGAGCCGGUGGAUAAGAGAACGUUGGAGUACGACGAUGGUCUGUGUUCCAUUUGCAACAUAUACAGGAUCGAUAACAGCUGCGAGAUGGACAAGGCGGAGAUCAACUAUUUGUUGAAGUUUGUUUUACAAAGAAUAAGAGCAUGGUUGCCCAAUACGAUCACUCACACGCUGGCAGUGGAAACUGGGCCGGAGUGGUUGAAUGACACAGAGCUGGCUUGGAGGGCCAAUCAGCUAUUCUUCGAGCAGCUGGACAUGUCCGUCAUCGAAAUUAAGCUCAAAACAGUGACGUAUGUCAUGUUUUCGGAGUUUCUCGCUGACGUUUACAAUGUCCACCACAACGUCGCUGUAUUUCACGGCAAAUCUCAAGAAUACGGCGCCGCAGAGCUGAUGCUUCGCGACACUUUGCACGACAUGACCGAACUGAAGAACUGCGUGGAUUGCUACAGGCACAGCAACGAGAAAAUCAACAGCAAGUGGUUCUGUCUGCCCUGUAGGGUACCCCACGAGCUGGUCUGGGCCAAACAAAAGGGAUAUCCCUAUUGGCCGGCAAAAGUGAUCAAGGAAACUGACACGCAUUAUGACGUACGUUUUUUCGGCGGUAAAUAUGAAAGAUCGCUGCUCUUGAAGAAUUUCGUCAAACCCAUUGGAAUUUCGAAGGAGAGUUUACAGAUAAAACCGACAGCAUGGUUCAACAGAUCCUAUGAUGAACUGAAAUACCAUCAGAAACUACUGAGAGACCCUGUAGAGGCUGAAAAACUGAAGGCAGAAAUAAAAAACAAGAAAAAAUCCUCUCCAAAACCAAAAAGUUCCAGUUUGAAUAAUUCUAAUAGCAAAAAAACUCCUAAAAACAAGGCGAGAAAAAGUAAUUCUACUCCGAAAUCUACUCCUAGAUCUACUCCUAGAAGCUCUAGUAUUAGUCUGAAAGAGAGUGAAUCAUUUUCUGAAGACUCUCCCACAGCUUCUACUUCUUCUUUGAAAAGAAAAGCUGCAGAUCCAAUCACUUCUGCAGAUGAGGCUACUGAUCAAAAGCAUAGACCAAUGGAAAUUGAACCCAACUCUACCAUUUCCGGAAAUAAUGUGAUAGAUAUUUCUGACGAAGAUGAAGAUGAUCAGGAAUAUUCAUUCAGAGAAAACCUAUCCGCCGAAAAUUUCAGUCUGGAUGAACCCUAUGAACAGGUGACAAGUUCUACGGAAAAUUUCGGGAAAAUGCUUUCUCCCAGAAGUGAGUCCAGUAUGCAACCCUUAGACCAACCAUACAGUGAUUCUGUGGAAAAGAUGAGGAGAAAAUUGGAGUGUCUUCCAAAUAAAAAGGAAAUCAUAAAGUGUGCCAUGGAUUGCAUGCAAAUCGAAAUUGAUCGUAUCACAAACGAUCAUAAUGAGCAUUUGAAGAGACUGUUUGAAUCUCAUAAUCAGCAAAUAUCAGAAACAAAGAAAAAACAAUGGUGUUAUAAUUGUGAACAGGAAGCUAUCUACCACUGCUGCUGGAACUCUGCUUACUGUUCACAAACUUGUCAACAACAUCACUGGCAAGCAGAACACAAAAUAGUUUGUAGACGCAAACGUCCAAUAUCAUUACCAUCAGAAUUAGAGGUUUUACCAUGAAAUGGUGAUUUUCUUGGUCUCAAAAGCUGGGAAAUUGAAUGAGUUUUUUUGAAUGUUUUUUUUGUAAUGAAACAUUUCCAAUUGUAGGAAGGGGUGAAAAUGCUAGUUUGUAAUGUUUUACUGUCUUCAAUUUUUGUGAUCUGUUGCAAGGUUUUUACAGAGGGGGCCAUAUUAUCACCCAGCAUGUAGGUUCUUUAUUUUUAUAGUAUUUUUCCUACUGUCAAAUAUUUAGAAAAGAAAAAACUUUAUACAAUUCUUUUAUUUGGACUUUUAAGUAUAACUAAUGAUUUUUUAUCAAUUCAUGCAUGAGAAAUAUCAAUUGGAAAUGUAUUUUUGUUAUCAAAAAGAACUUUUUUUAUUACUGUUCUACAAAUAAGAAUACCUAAUUGUUAAUCAGAUAUAUUCAAUAAUAGAGAAAUAAAGUAUCACACUU